ACCCAUGCGCGCACACACGAAUUAUGCUGCCUGCCUGCUGGCUGUGCCAUGGGGUGUUGUGCUUGCUAAAGACUGGCGAGAAGAUGUUGUUAAGUGCUUUGCGUUCUGUGCAAAGUAAGACUUCCAGCUAUUCUAAAUAGGCUGUUUGGGAACUGGUCAAAAAAAAGUAUCUCUGGAGAUUGUGACACAUAUGCUUAGGAGUAAAGAUGUACUAGUGUGCGUUUUUAAACAGAUGCUGCGCUUAUUCUUGCAGAAAGUUUAGAAAUGUACAACCUGUAAUUCAGGAAAUGGAAGACACGUGGGACAGUUGCAGCAAAGCUGAUAACACUGAAACAUCAGAUACAGACCAGCCAGCUGCACUCCCCCAAAUAAGAGAAUUUGGAGGCCCUAAAGAUGCAGACCCAGCGGAGAAACCUCUGCUUUCAGAAAAAGCUACAGGCACAAUGCAAUCAAAUGAGGAAUGUGAGCAGCAGCCAGAUCUGGGGGAACAGGAGCAGUCAAGUGCAGCGCAGUGGGAACUACCUGCAGAAGGACUAGACAGUCAAGAAGAACUGAUAGAGAAUAUUGAGCAAGAUGAAUUUGAGCCGGAUGCCUCAAGCAUCAUAUCAUCUGAUAAUGCAUCUCCUGUUAUAAUUAAAAAGUACACUACUUUACCCGAAUUAAGAAUUUCAGAAAAGGAUCAGCAAACAUCUCAAAACUUAGUACUGUCAGAAGAUACAGCAAGCGCCACAGUAACAGGGAGUGUGAUUGAGGAUAAGGCAAAUCUUGCAGGAACUGGGGCAAAGUCUCCUGAAACUAUCCAGUCUGAGGUGUUAUGUCUUGGCCCAGAACAUUUAUCUAGGAAAGCAAUGCAACAGGAAUACCACAUGCCUGAUGUAAUAACUGUCAGAAUACAAACAGAUUCUGAUUCAUUCCAAGAUGUAACUGUAAAAAUAGAAAGACCUACCUAUCAUAAACCAUUUCUGGGUGGCUUUAAACAUAAGAUAACAGGAGUGGAAUUUCAUAAUGCAGGCUCACAAACAGUACCCAAAAAACGAUCUGACAAAGGAAUUGAAGUAUUUUGCAGGGAAACACAGACAGUUUUUGAAAAAAAUAAGCUCCAACAAACAAAAAAUACAACAUCCACGCAGAUGACUAAAAUUGGCCUUUAUGUGUCAAACGUGACUGACAAACUAAUAAGACCUGGAAAGUAUGUUACAGCGGAUGAGUAUCACAAACGUAGACUUGAAGCAGUUGUAGUAUUACAGACCUAUUUCCGUCGUUGGCAUGCGAUAAAUCUAGUACAAAACCUGAGGGAAAAAAAGAGAUUAAGGCUGAAAUGGGAGGCACAAGAAGAGUUAAACAAAAAAAGAGAGAAAGAAGAAAAACUAAGAAGGGAGCAUGAGCGGAGAGUGAAUCCUAAAACAAAAGAAGACUUUGAGCUACUUUACCAUGCUUUGGAAUUAUGGAGGCAGGAGGAGAUUGAAUGGAUUAACAGAACUCUUACCGGACCUGCAAGAAAGGCAGCCCUUUGUGGACUUCUAGAACAAGAGGCACAGCUGAUUGCUUCCAUUGGGAGAUACAAACUAGAUGCAGAUGAGGAGAAGCAACAAAAAGCAGUACUGCAGUUUCUGGAUAAGUGUGCACAACCCAAGAGUUGGAAAGCGUUUGAUGGAAAAAUCACUGAAAUGGAUACACAGUACACACUCCGUGCCAGAGAACUACUUGAAAUCUACCGAAGUAUUAGCAUGAAGGACAUCCCGAAAGAUGAGAGAAUAGAUGUACUGUUAACACUCAGACAUACAGUGAAGGAACAUGCAUGUAAAUUAACACAGGAAAUAGUGGAAUUAAUUGACAGGGAGGUUGACCUUAUGUUGAGAGACGUGAAAGAAUGCAACUUAGAAGGACUGAGGAAAAGAAUUUGUACGUUAUUUCUACAGUAUAUUAAAACUCCAAGCUUUAACCCUGAAGUUGCUAGAAUACUUAAGGUUCCACCGGAUCCCUUAAAGCUUUAUAAAAAUGUUAACUUCUGCCGUAGCUGCAAAAAUUACUUGCCGUCUACUGAGUUCUCCAUUCCUGCUAAUUCACGCACCAUUGGCAGAUGUCGUUUAUGUUGUAAGAUCGAUAAUGAGGCUCGACAGCGAGAGGCAUGUUUGAAGUACAAACUUAUACUAAAAAAUCUCAGGGAGUCUGAAGCUGAUUAUCAGGAUGACGCUAAAAUUGUUUACUUAGUUCAGCAACAAGACCUGCAAUACUUGAUUGAGAAUAUAUGGGGUUGUCAGUCAGCUCUUAGUGCCUGUGAUGACCUCUAUGAUUUGGUUAUGGUCAGAUGGGAUAAGCACCAUGAGUGGUCUCCAUGGAACACUAUUCUCCUCACUAAAGAUGAGGCAGAUGCACAUCUUAAACUGUGCAGCCUUCAGGAGGCUUAUGAAGCAGCAUUUAUUCACAGAAUAAACCAUAAGCAUAUCCGGGCAAAAAAACACUUUGCUCAGAUUCCAGUGAUGGCAUCAUUUUUGCAUAGGAGUGGUGAUCAGGCCAAUGCAAAUGAAUUUUUAAUAGCUAAGCCUAUUCCUACUGGUAUAAAAGCAUAACUGUUAAAAUAAGUUGACUGAAGUUAAAGUUAACUGUAUUAUUGAUUAAUACAAUUUCCCUAAUGGUUUUAAAUAAAUGUCCUUUUUCACCAAUAUGAUUUGUUUACAUAGAUAAAAAUAAACUGCUGAGGAUAAAAUAG